AUGAAUCUCUACACACCCCACCAUCCCGUUGCGGUAAUCGCUGCCGCUGUUGUUGUCCUCGGCUCAAUCCUCACUUAUCUGAAUCGUCGAUGGAAGCAAUAUCGCAUGGCCAGAGCAAACCAAUGCCAACCACCCUCGACCCUCCGUGAAUGGGACCCGGUUUUCGGCCUCGAUGGCAUUUAUCAGCGAAUGAAGGAGGCCAAAGAACACAACUUUCUCGAGAGAAGUGUCGACCGCUUUGAGAGGUACGGCAACACAUUCCAAGCUCGUCGGCUGGGCACAACUGUGAUCGCAACGCGCGAUCCCGAGAAUGUGAAAACCAUUCUCUCUCUGCGAUUCAAGGACUAUGGUCUGGGGGAUCGUAUCCACUCCUUCGGACCGCUCCUCGGACAUGGUAUCUUCACAACAGAUGGCGAGCACUGGGCCCAAUCGCGGGCUAUGGUCCGCCCCAAUUUCGCCAAGGAGCAGGUCGCCCAUCUUGACAUUUUCGAGGAGCUUAUGAAUGAUUUGCUGGCCCUCAUACCACCCGAUGGAAUCACCGUCGAUCUUCAAGAUCUGUUCUUCGGGUUCACCAUCGACUCUGCCACCGAUUUCCUGUUUGGGCACAGCGUGAACAGUUUGAAGAAGCGAAGGGCGGGUCUCCCUCAGAGCAUAGAGGAAGAGAAGGAUUUCGCGGAGGCAUUCAAUUAUUCUCAGUAUGCUAUUGCCACAAGAGCACGCUUGGGCAAGCUAAGAUACCUUUAUCGCGACCCCAAAGCCGAUCAAUGCGAUCGCAUAUGCCAUGAUCUAGUCGAGCAGUUUGUCGACAAGGCUCUGCGGACGCGUGAGCGGUACAGUCAAGAGAAAGACACACAGGAAAAGCACAGAUACUUGUUCCUUGAUAGCCUGGCGCAGCAGACUGGUGAUCGGACACGUAUUCGUAGCGAGCUGAUCAACGUCCUCCUGGCUGGACGAGAUACCACCGCAUCCUUGCUGAGCAACUUGUUCUUCAUGCUUGCAAAACACCCCGAAGUCUGGCACAAAUUGCGCGAGGAAGUCGCAACACUGGAAGGGCGUACGCCUACAUAUGAGCAGCUGCGCAACCUGACGUACCUAAAGUACUGCCUGAACGAAUCGCUUCGUCUUCACCCCGUGGUUCCUGCUAACGCUCGUUUUGCCCAAACCGACACCAUCCUUCCUACUGGUGGUGGCCCGGAUGGCAAGUCCCGCAUCUUCGUGCCGAAGGGCAGCGUUGUCUCGUAUUCUGUCUUCGCGAUGCAUCGGCGCAAAGACUUCUUCGGUUCGGAUGUGCACGAGUUUCGACCCGAGCGGUGGGCUGACCUACGUCCAAGCUGGGAAUAUCUCCCAUUCAACGGAGGACCACGGAUUUGCGUCGGUCAGCAGUAUGCACUGACAGAGGCAGGUUAUGUGACGGCGCGUUUGGCACAAAAGUUCUCGAUAUUGGAGAGCCGCGAUCCAGGCCCUUGGGAGGAAAAUUUGACAUUGACAUGCUGUUCCAAAAAUGGGACGAAGGUAGGACUGAGAUAG